GGUUGACUGACCCCAACAGCGCAACCACUUAACUCAUCCCCACACCUCCUCAUUCCUGCGCAUUACUUUUGCGCGCCUUCUCGACACGGACCCACAGCCUUUCAUUUCUACAGUUACCUGAUACCACCAACAACUAAACCAAGAAGGGGCUUACGGCGAGCAAGAUGGCGCUCUACGGAAGCUCGCGCAACGUGGACAUGGGGAAGCAGGAGUCGGAGCUUGCCAUAAACAUUCGUAAAGCCACAAGCAUCGAAGAGGUCUCACCCAAGAGAAAACAUGUGCGAGCAUGCAUUGUCUACACGUGGGACCACAAGAGUUCUGCCUCCUUCUGGCAGGGCAUGAAAGUGCAGCCAAUUCUCGCCGACGAGGUGCAAACAUUCAAAGCGCUCAUUACGGUCCACAAGGUCCUACAGGAAGGCCAUCCCAUCGUUCUCAAGGAGGCGCAAUCGAACACCAGCUGGCUUGAGAGCUUAUCACGCGGCUCCUCAGUCGGCGAAGGCAUGCGAGGAUAUGCGCCGCUUAUCUCCGAGUACAUCUACUAUCUCAUGGCCAAGCUUGCCUUCCACCGACAACACCCGGAGUUCAAUGGAACCUUCGAAUACGAGGAGUACAUCAGCUUGAAGUCGAUCAACGACCCCAACGAGGGGUAUGAAACCAUUUCGGACCUUAUGACCCUACAGGAUCAGAUCGAUGCUUUCCAGAAGCUCAUCUUCUCUCACUUCCGAAGCGGCGCGAACAAUGAGUGCAGGAUAGCGGCGUUAGUGCCGUUGGUUCAGGAGUCGUAUGGUAUCUACAAGUUCAUCACUAGCAUGCUGCGCGCGAUGCAUACAACACUCGGUGACGAUGAAGCGCUCUCGCCUCUACGCGGACGAUACGAUGCGCAGCAUUACCGUCUCGUCAAGUUCUACUACGAAUGCUCGAAUCUGCGAUACCUGACAAACCUCAUCACAGUACCAAAGCUGCCACAAGAACCACCAAACCUACUUUCUGAAGAUGAGAGUGCGCCGGCGCUACCUAAACGACCACAAAACGAAAAGCCUGCGGAACCCACACGCGCUCCCUCGGUCGACCCAGAGCCGAUCAACGAGUUUUGGAAAGACAACCAGCGUAGGCAGCAAGAGGAAUACGAAGCCGAACAGCAGCGACUACAGCGACAAUGGGAGGAGGCUCAACAGCAGCAGCAACAGCAAGCGAUGCAAGCACAACGUGACUUCGAAGAGCAACAAAGGCUCCAGGCAGAACAAGCUCGGUUGGCGCAAGAGCAACUCAUGCGCGAUCAGUAUCAACAGCAGACACAGGGGCGUCUUGCUGAGCUUGAGCGGGAAAACCUGAAUGCGCGCGCACAGUACGAACGCGACCAGCUCAUGCUACAACAAUACGACCAGAGGAUGAAGGCUCUAGAAGGCGAGAUCAACCAAAUGAAUCAAAACUUCCAACAGCAAAUGGGCUCGCGAGACGAUCAGAUAAGGGCACUUCAGGAGCAGCUCAACACAUGGAGAUCAAAGUACGAGUCGUUGGCUAAGCUAUAUUCGCAACUGCGUCAUGAGCAUCUUCAACUGCUGCAGAAGUUCAAGACAGUUCAGCUCAAGGCAAACUCAGCCCAGGAAGCCAUUGAUAGCAGGGACAGGCUGCAACGCGAACUGAAGACCAAGAACUUGGAGCUGGCAGAUAUGAUCCGUGAGCGCGACCGAGCACUCAUGGAGAAGGACCGCCACACUGGUGGUCACCGCGAGGAGACUGAGAAACUGAAGCGGGAACUCCGCGCUGCUCUGGAUAGAGCCGACAACCUCGAGCGCGGCAAGGGCUCAGAACUCUCGGCAAUGCUGUCGAGACACAACCGAGAAAUUGCAGAUCUUGAGGAGGCGCUGCGAAACAAGACCCGUACGCUAGAUGAGUUCCAGAUGAAGUACCGCGAAGGUGAUUCUGACUUGGAGCGUCAACUGCGUGACAAGGAGGAGGAGCUGGAGAUCUUCCGUGCCGGUAUGGACCAGACACUGCUCGAACUCAACGAGCUGAAGCUCAAUGCCGGCACGAACGAUGAUGUCCUGGACGGCCACUUGGAUACCCUUAUCCAAGACAGUCUUCAGAAGAUCAACGACAUCAUCGACUCGGUCCUCCAAAGUGGUGUGCAACGUGUCGACGAUGCGUUGUACGAACUGGACUCUCCUAUGCAGGCUGGUAACCAGAACGCUACUGGUCCGUAUGUGCUCUCGCAGAUUGAGAGGGCAUCGACAUGUACCAUGGAAUUCUCGACCGCGUUCAACAACUUCAUCGCUGACGGGCCGAACGCAAAGCACGCUGAGGUCAUUAACGCCGUUAACAACUUUGGUGGCGCGAUAGUUGAUGUUUUGGUGAACACCAAGGGAUUGACGCGAUUCGCUUCUGACGAGAACAAGGCCGACCAGCUCAUUGGUGGUGCAAGGACUUCUGCAAUGUCAACCAUCAGGUUCUUCCGUAACGUCCAGUCAGUGCGCAUGUACGACAUGGACGCAGAGCAGAAGAUCAACGUUGUCAUCAACAACAGCACCGAGGUUGUGCGCAACCUGCAGAGCUUGUCUAAGCUUGCAGACGCGUUCGCGCCCAAGAGCAAGAUCACCAAUGCCUCUGGCGACCUUGGCGAUCUGGUUGACAACGAGUUGACCAAGGCAGCCAACGCCAUCGACGCGGCGGCCGAGCGUCUGGCGAAGCUGAUGAAGAAGCCAAGGGACCAGUACUCAACCUACGAGCUCAAGAUCCACGACUCCAUCCUCGAAGCCGCCAUCGCCGUCACGAAUGCGAUUGCUCAGCUCAUCAAGGCAGCGACAGAAUCGCAGAAAGAAAUUGUUCGCGAAGGCCGAGGAAGCAUGUCCAAGACGCAGUUCUACAAGAAGCACAACCGCUGGACCGAAGGUCUCAUCAGUGCUGCCAAGGCCGUCGCCACAUCGACAAACAUGCUCAUCGAGACCGCCGACGGUGUCAUCUCCGGUCGCAACUCGCCUGAGCAGCUCAUUGUCGCUUCCAACGACGUCGCUGCUUCCACCGCUCAGUUGGUGGCUGCCAGUCGUGUCAAGGCCAGCUUCAUGAGCAAGACGCAAGACAGGCUCGAGGGUGCAUCCAAGACUGUCACGGCGGCUUGCAGGUCGCUCGUCAGGCAGGUACAGGAGAUUAUCGCCCAGAAGAACAGGGACGAAGGCCAGGAAGUCGACUACAGCAAGUUGGGCGACCACGAAUUCAAGGUUCGCCAGAUGGAGCAGCAGGUCGAGAUUCUGCAACUCGAGAACUCGCUUGCACAGGCUAGAACGAGGUUGGGUGAGAUGCGUAAGCUUUCUUACCUCGAAGAGUAGAUGUAUGCACAUUAGCGCUUUGCUUUGUGGAACAUGGUCGAUUCAUCGUUGAUAGUUGCGAUUCAUCCUUGUGUCUCGUUGUAGCGACAUGCUAGGGAGAAAAUUUAAUCCUUCUUUUUCCAUCGCUGACGAAGG